AUGCAGUACUACUCCAACCUGCCGGAGGGAACUCUCCCGAUCGCCGAUGAUGACGAGACCAUCCCGUACCCAGCGUGUUCGGCGUCGACUGUGGCCGAGAUGGGGAGAGACGGGCCUUCAUCGGUGGUUGCUCGCCAGAACCUCGAGAUCAUGGCUCUCAAGGAACGCAUACGCGUUUUGGAGGAGGAGAAAAUGUGGUUGGAGUGGCGUCUUCAUAAAACUUGUAUCAAGUGCCGUGAAUGUCCAUGCCGAAGACAGGAGGAAGUAAAGCGACAGGCUCUCGAUCUAUGUAAUGGCAAGGCUGCUAUACUGCGACCUCUAGCUCAAAUUCUGAAGUGCGCUAAGGUUCCCAAGAAGGGCAAGCUCUCACUGAAGGGGCUAUCCGACUGCGAGUGCAUCUUGUUCAAUCAAUUCUCUUUGGAGCACCUGGGUGACGGAUUGGACUUGGAGACGCUCCUCAGCCUCCUCGAAGGCCGCCCUGUUGAGGUGAAUAAUACCACCACUUUCGACGAGUUGGUACCAAUAUUUAUCACUUGUAAUUCGCUCCCUGAGCCACAAGGAGAACGACAUAGGAACGCCCUUCGUGAAAGGCUAGGACGAUGUCAUUACUUCCCACACAAGUUGGAGAGGGAUGAGAGGGAAAAACCCAUCAAACCCUGCUGCCGUUGCUUCGCUGACUGGCUUCUCACCGAACGAUACCGUCCGAGCCUGCCAGCGAUCGAGUCCAAUGAGGAUACUAUCCAGUACCCUCCAUGGGCCGACUGUGAUCCGGAAACCAUCCAUUCCUUAUGUCAAGAGAACAUGUCCCUCAGACGACGUAUUGAAACGUUGGAGCAGGAGAAGGAGUGGUUGGAACGAACUCUAGCCACCAAGAGUGCAUGUAAGAAGUGUUCGAGGUGUAACUGCACGAAGAUUGGGGUCGUUCCUGUUGUGACAGACGAUGAGGAGGAGAAUUCUGAAGGUGAGAUUGUUGAUGUCGAGCUCAAGUGUGUGAACGACGAGAACCUGAGGACGCAGGCUCGAACAUACUUAUGGACUUGGCCGGAGAGCAACACACCGAGCCGCAGGCAGCCCUAUGAGGUAGAUGAUGAGGAAGUGAGAGCUAUCUUUGAGGCCGCUACCUCGGACAAAGGGCUGCUCUACUACUCGGUGUUCUUCGAAUGUCGUGGUCUCGAGGACGACAAUCGGCCUAAGGCGAUUCACUUCAUUACGAAGUACAAGCUCCCGAGGAGAUGGAAACAAGUGGCCGAUCGUUUGAGUCAAGACUGGAACAUUGACGCCUUUGCACGCGUGCCAGCAAUGACUAUCAAGCGUGAUACAUAUCAAAUCAUGUUCGUCCACUGCUACCGGGCCUACGGGCCAUCCAAGGAAGGUGGACUCAAGCCUCUGUUUUCUCCUCGUCACCCGCCUCUGGCCGACAUUCUCCCACACAGUCUACUCCCUCGAGUGGAGGAGACAUGGCCUCUGCCUGAGGCAUGUAUAAGUGAGAUUGCUCAUGACGACGACACCGAGCUGUGA